CCAGCCGUGGAGCGAUGCGCUUUGCAUCGUCCAAGACGAUAGGGAUGACUGGGCUUACGAAGCGACUCAGAUGGGAAAGAUCUUUGAACGGGCAUACUGCACUCUUGCAGCCGUUGAUGCGAUUGAUGACGACACGGGUAUAGACAGAGGACUGUUCCUUCCUCGAACAGAAGAUCCCCUGACAGUACGCCUGAAAUGUCAUCUCCUGAAGGAUCCCGUGAAACCCGAGAGAUUUCAAUCACCAGAUGGCCAGCCGUACUGUUGGAAGUACACCUAUCGUUUGGAUGAGGACGAGGAGAGGACGAGGACGAUAGUGCCGAUGAGGCUCUUUCAGAUCAACAUCGACUGAUCGCAAAGCCCAGACUUCUGGGAUCUUCGUGGGAGGUCAUGCGCUCGAAAUGGAACUGGAGAGGCUGGAUUCUCCAGGAACGCAUUCUCUCUAGGCGAAUAGCUUACUUUUCCAAGACUAAACUAUCCUGGGACUGUCUCACGACCUCGGGCGAAGAAGAAUCGCUUGGCAUUGCGGUGACUCCUUU